UAAAUAAAUAAAGCAGUUUGUUUUUUCAAUUUUUCCUUCUCAGUUUUGCUCUUUAACUACGCCUUUUGAUAAUUUCGCUCUUUGUUUCUGAAAAAUUGAGAGAAUAAAGAGUCAAGAGGUGUUCGCAGCUCGACUCGCAGGAUAGCCGAACCGGUUAUUGUCUAGCCCUACUUGCCAUAUUCGACCCAGUACUUUACAUAUCGGAGAUCAAAAAUCUCUGGAUCUCUAUGACUGUAUCUGUAUCUGUAUCUGUAUCUGUAUCUCUACUUCGUACUUGUAAAUAAAUAAUUAAAAACAAAUAAACUCUCAUUUUCGUCAAAAAAAUUUCACACUCGCAUGGUUUGCUGAUUAUACAUAUAGAAACCCUAACCCCCAAUCUCGUGUAGAACAAUAAUUAAUUACAGAAUAACUGGAGUGGAUAAUUUGAGGGUUUCUUUUGUUUUUUGCGUCCUGAAUUUUUUUGGUCAGAAUUAAUUUUGAAAAGAGGAUGAAGCUGAAUCCCUAUAUCAGCUUCACCUUUUUCUGAUAAAACUGUUACCGCUACAUGGCCAGUUCUCAAUCUCAGCAUCGCAGCGUUUUUGUUGGGAAUAUACCGUAUGAUGCCACUGAAGAACAACUCAUUCAAAUUUGUGAGGAGGUUGGCCCCGUUGUUUCAUUCAGAUUAGUUAUUGAUAGAGAAACUGGGAAGCCGAAGGGCUAUGGAUUCUGUGAAUACAAGGAUGAGGAGACAGCACUAAGUGCUCGUCGUAAUCUUCAGGGAUAUGAGAUAAAUGGACGGCAGCUACGCGUUGAUUUUGCUGAGAACGACAAGAAUGCUGACCGAAAUCGUGAACAGGGUCGGGGUGGUCCUGGAAUGGUCACAAAUGUUGAUCCACAGAAACAAUUCGGGGGCCCAGCAGUCAGUGAUCUUAGUUUUCAUCAGCCAUUAGGUGACUCAGUAGCAGCAGCUGCUGCAACUGUUAUGGCAGGAGCUCUUGGAGGUGCUCAGACUACUAGCACAUCAAACCAGAUUGGUUUGCAAAGUCAGCCAGUGUUGGGCACUGAUCCUUUAACUCUUCAUUUGUCGAAAAUGUCAAGGAGUCAGCUGACUGGGAUUAUCUCGGAGAUGAAGGCAAUGGCUACACAAAAGAAGGAGCAAGCACGGCAACUAUUACUUGCCAGCCCAAACUUGUCUAAAGCCCUUUUCCAGGCACAGAUAAUGCUAGGAAUGGUUCCCCCGCAAAUGUUGCAGAUGCCAAAUAUUCGGCAAUCUUCUUCCCAGCCAGCACAGUUUUCCCUACAAAGUGGACAACAUGCUAUUACUCAAUAUCUCCCUGGACUUCCCCCACUCCCAAGGAUGCAUCCGAAUUUGUCCCAUGCACAGGAAAAUCAAAUCUCUUCUUCCCAUCCAAACCAUUAUCCGGUACUCCCACAAAUUCCUACACAAACACAGAUUCAGCGUCCACAGCUAACCCAAAACCAAGUCCUUCGGCAAGGCCAACUCCCCGCACAGCCUGGAAUUUCUGUUCUUCCCUCUGUGCGUCCACAGGAACUGGGAAAUUUGUCAGUUAGACCACAUAUUCAGCAAGGAACUUCCUCCUCCUUGAACCAGCGUGUGCACACUCCCAUGUUACAACAUCCAGGUCCGAUUGCAUCUACUAGUUCAGGGUAUGCUGGGCAGAUGAUCACUCCAAACGCAACAUUAAAACCUUCCUCACAGACGCAUUUGCAAUUUCCGGCUCAAGGGUUCCAGCAGCCUACCUCGGUUGGCACACAGAACAAUAUGGAUCUGAAAGGGCAUAGUGUAGACCAAAUGAACCACUCAUCAAAUCUGGCUACACCUGUACCUGGAGCAACCCCAAAUUUUGUCAAUUCUAGAAAACAAGAUUCCAGAUCAGAAGGAAUUUCAAACUCCCAGAAGCAGGAGGCUGAGGUACCCCCCGAGAUGGAAUCUGCCUUAAUUCAUCAAGUUCUGAGUCUGACACCGGAGCAGAUAAGUUCCCUGCCACCAGAACAGCAACAAGAAGUUAUUCAGCUCCAACAGAUGCUACGGCAGGCUACGUAAUUUAAUGUUUCACAGUAUACGAUGUCCCCAGAUAACCCAAUGGACAAAUUUUCCCACUCAAGAGUGUGAGGGAAGGGCAGUGUAUUAUUGAAACAGUUUUACAUUGUCAACUGAUUGUUUACAGCUCUAGUCCAGGUUUCUAUAGGCUGUAGAGUCAUUACAUUCUUGUAAUAUUUAUAAGUUUUGAUUAGAAGAUGAAUGAAAAAAACAGAAAAUUUUGCCAUUUGGUAGACUAUGGGUCCUUUUCUUUUCAUAUAUGUUUGUGUAAACUUUCUCAAAUUUCAAGUCUGAUAGGCUUGAUUUGUAUCUUGCUACCAAUUUUGGUAUAAUGAGGAUUUUUUAUUUUAUUUU